GUCGAGAACGCUUUCCGACACAAAAUGGCGACUUACACACAUAGACAGUAAGGACGAAAAGUAAGAAGUAGUCGGCAAUGACAUUUAAGUUUAUCAUUAGAACUGUUAUAUUUGUAGGCUACAUUUCAGUCUUAUUUUGAAAACAUUUUUUUAACCGUGUCGAGAGAAGACAUUAUAGAACGGCCAUGAGUGGAUCUGGGAUUCAAGAGAAGGUUGCCAGGCUGUUGAGCAAGCAGAGUGGGAAACCCGCAAUGAAAGCCGUCAAACCUCUGGCUCUUAAGAAUGAGGUCGCUAUCCGCAAGCCGAAGAAAGGAGAGGCCACCUGCGUUACGGAGAUGUCGUCGCUGAUGGUUUGCUGGAAACAGAACGACUUUAACAAUGCACUCUGCUCUAAAGAAGUCUCAUCCUUCUUUACAUGUGUUGAAAAGGCGCAGACCAAGGCCAAAGGACAGCAGGGAACUCAGGGUCGACUUUUGCCUAAGGAAGCCAACAUCUUAUUAAAACGAUUUCCCAACCUGGCCAGUGAGAUUUAGGACUAGUAACACAGAUUUGUCACAGAAUUGACACUUUUAUUAUCUGAGCUGUAUAGAUGGGGACUUUAGUCUGAGUGCAUUACUGCGCCAGCCAUUUGAUGAGAACGGGGUGUGGAAAGGUUUUCUAAAAAACAAAUGAAGCUGUCACUGGGAUGCUCGCCAAGCAAAUGAGCUGGAUUCACAAGGUUUUGAAGGUACUUUUGGUGAUUACAACAUUUCAGUCACUGCACUUGGCCGUCCCAAGAAGCAGCUCAGUUCUCUUAACAUGCUUAAAGGGAUAGUUCAACCAAAAUUGAGAAUCUGUCACCAUUUAAUUACCCUCAUGUCAUCUUUUGUGCACAACAGAAGAAAGUCGUACAGGUUUGAUAUGAGGGUGAGUAAAUGUUGAUAGACUUUUUAUUUUGGGGGUUGAAAUGCCCCCUUUAAUUUUGUGUUAUCAAUGUUUGACCAUGCCAACAUUACUUCCUCAGAUAAUCUGAAUGUUAUUGUAUUGCUUUUUGGUAUUGUUUUUUUUUUCAUAACUGAGCUGUGACCAUUUAUUUAUUUGACUAUUUUUCUUCCUGUUUUUUGCUGUCCACAAUAUAAUUAGUCUCAGCCAUUUUCAAUUAUCAGAAAUUGGAGAUCAAGGGAGAAGUACUCAGUGCCGGAUCAUGUUACAUUGCAUGCCAUGACAAAGUGAAUUGGUUUUGACCAUUAAAGCUCUACAAUAAAGAUGAAAUAACUCAUUUGUAAA